AUGUGUUCAUCCAAAGUUGCCAUUGCUCUGAUUGCUUCCCUUGCCUUCUCUUCGGCUCUUCCAAUUCUUGAUGGAAUAAUCGGAGGAGGUGAUAAUGGAGGAAUUGGAGGAGUUGUUGGUGGAGGAGACGGUGGUUUAGGAGGAAUCAUUGGAGGAGGGAAUGGAGGAGGAAUUGGUGGAAUUGUUGGUGAUCUUCUUGGAGGAGAUCAAGAUGUCCUCCAAAAUCUUUUGAGUGUUCUUGGUGGAAAUCCAGGUGGAUUGGGAUUACCUAUUCUCGGAAAUAUCACUGAAAUUCCAUCAUUUUUGUCUCAUAUCCUCGGAGAUCUUCCUGAAGAAACUAUUCAAAAAAUUACUGAUCUUCUUGGAGAAGAUCAUCCAAUCAGUGAACUCCUCUCCCGACUCGAUGCUCUGCUCCCGGAGGGUGUUCUUGAGGAAAUCGACACCAUCUUCUACAUUGCUUCUCAAGUUGAAAAGACACUCCAAGGAGGAAGCGGAGGAGUUGUUCCAGAACUUCCAGAAGUUCCAUCUGUUCCAGAGACUCCACAAGUUCCAGUCUAA